AGAAUUCGACUUCCGGGUACUCGUUGUGUUGCCCCUUUUUACUUGGUUAACACAAAGAGAAUGUUUGCUCAAUAAAUGUGUCGCAUAUAACGUAUUUAAUGUCCUCAUAUAAUUAAAAUGUAUUUCAGUAUACAAGCUUCCUUCAUAUUUAAACGUUAGUCAAUACAUUGAAGCGACGCUAAAGCGGAAGUUACCUCCUCGCUGUGUGUAGCGGCAUUGACGCAGCUCAGCUGGGUCACGCUGCAGUCCAGCCCGGAUGUUUUGUACCGUCAGUAUGUGAUGGGAACAUUUGAAGGCCGCUUUGCUCUACAUUGGUCACGAAGCUGUUGAGUUCUGCGCGUCUGCUGCUUCGGGUGAGUACCCACUCCACAACCCCAGAGAGCAGACACACUCGGCGGAAUCAGCCGCAGGUUGGUGUCGGCGAAAGCUGCAGGGAGGUCGUGACGGGGAUUGUGUGCAGUGACCGUGCACCCUCCCGUGCGGGCUCAUUCUCCCUUUCCCUUGCCAGGGAAGGCACAAUUGUAGGAUUACUUUGAAAACAGUUAUUUAUAGUUAAUUUUGGUACAUUCGUGUUGCCGUCAAAAUGGAAGAAUUGUUGUAGUGUGAGGCGAAGGAAGUCAGUCAAAAGUACUUGGAAAAUGAGGUUAACUCUCCAUCGAUUUGCAACCUAAGUGAUUAUUUUUCCUGAAAAUUGUAUCGUUCAGAGCUUAGGUCGUUUUGCUUUUAUAGGAUUUGAGGCUAAAGUAAAUAUGUCAGAAGUAGAGUCAGAAAAUGAAGGACAACACAGAAGGAAAGUUAAGAUGGUGGGUCUCAGUGGGUCAAUUGGAAUUGUAAAUACCUGAAACGGGUAAAAUCAGCUAGUAUUAACAUCAGUUAAUGUUUUUGAGUCUUCUAUGUGCAAAAUUAAUGAUUGCCUGAGAUGAAACACUUUUUGGCAAGUAUGUUUGCUUUAAAUAACAAUCCCAACAUGACUUUUUUGUCAAAGUAAUUUAUUUACAUAUUUGUAUGUUGAAUGUACUUCAGUAUAAACUCUCAUUUGGCUGUCAUUUACCUUUUUCAGUACAGGAAGCAGUCUGUGGGUCAGGAAAGGGGUCAGAGAGGUCAUGCUGUGUGUAACAGCCUACUGUGAGGCUUUUAUAAUUUAGUACUUUUUCAAUUACAACAAAUACUGUUGUAAUUGUUGUUGUUGGAUUUAAAAAAAAAAUACUACUACUAAUUUUUCUUACCUUUAAACUAUUUAUGUAGUCGACAACCAUAGCUUAAAUUUGUUGCACACUUCCCAUCCUCCAAAGUGAAAAAGGAUCAUUCUGUCAUUGCUGGGAAGCAGCACACACCUGUCUGUUGCAACAGAUGGCCGACAGCACGCUCAUCUGUCUGUGUUUGUGGAUGGUGUUAUCGCUCAGCUGCUGUGUUUUUUCCUCUUGAUUCUCUUAUCUGAUUGGUGAGAUGACUCAGAGCCUCAUACUUAUUUAAUCAACCAGUUGUUUCUCUGACCAGGCUCGAAGUGAAAAUAAAUUAUUUUACUUUGUGCUGAUCACACACAGGCUACCAAGAAACCUCUGCUGCAUAUAUGAGUUUUACAGUCUUAUAAUACCUAAAGGUUGAUCAGUUUUACUACAACAACAGUGUGUUUCCUGCUGUUAUUGUUGUUCAGUUGAAGACAUUGUGUAUUCACUCUUUCUCCAAAUAGGUCCAAACAUGUUUGGGAAGUAGUUCUUAAUAUAAGAAAUACUUUAAAUAGCAUUAUUGUCGUUAUUAUCAUAAUACUUUAUAUAUAUUUUAAUUAAUGCAAAUCCAAAUCAUUAAAAUUUCUCCCGGCUCUGUCACAUAAAAGGCCGAAAAGCAAAGAUUUGUGCUUCCGAGUCAUCUGCCCAAAGUGUGCCACAACAAUGAGGAGCACAUCCCCUCCUGGUCCUCAUGUGGACGUAAAACUUUUUUGAUGUUCCUUGCCCCCCACACUCUUCCUUUGAGCCUUUCAGUCAGGCCACACUCUCCUUUUCCUCCUGCACUCUCUUAAAGGCCACGGCGUCCUUUCAGCCAGACUCGCUUCUUUUCUUUCUGUUGGAGCCUCCACCCCCAGCCCUACACAAAGGGAGGAGGGUGAUUGUGGCGCUCUGCAGCCAGGUGUUCUCCACUGCUGCCCUGGGCUGUAAUAGCAGCAGCCCUCAUGCUGCAGCUGCCCUCCCCAGCCUCCCUUUGUGUGGCUCUAUUGUUUGGACGCCCACCCCUCGUUGAUUCAUCGGCCACACAGGGGUAGAAGCAGGACGACUAGAGUGUGUGUGUGUGUGUGUAUGUGUAUAUACGCGUGCCUUGGGGAAACUGGGUGAUACAAGGAGGCAGUUGCCCACUGCCUCGCCCCUCCUCCCCCCUUCUGUCCCAGCAUCGCAUUGUAAAAGGCCUCAGUGCUGUGAUUGGUGGAGAAGCUGCCACUCCAAACGAGGGAAUCACAGACAUUGUUGGUCCAUCUGUUCUGCUGCUGAUUGUCCAACUUCUCCUGCCGCCCAGGACAUCACCAGUACACAGAAGACAGAAGAGCUCUUCUGCAACUGGAUGUUGCUGUUUGCUCCAGCUGCAGCUCAAACUAACAAGCAAUUGGAAAUUAGUGGCUUUGGAGUGGAUUUUUUUGUUUCAUUUCCUUUAACUGGAUCAAAGUAUGCCGAGAAGUUUAAGGAAGUGUUGACAAUUUUUUUUUUAAAUGCAAUAUUUGCUGACUGAUGUGAAAAGUAAACUUUUUUUUAAAUUUGUGCUUCUGGUUUGGAGCUCCAUCUCAUAGACUAGGAUUUGCUGAGUAAUAACAGCAGCCGUGGUAACCUGAACUGUCAGGUUAAAUGUGAGGAAGUUGGCAGUCAGCAAAGAGUCUUUAGUCUGUGGUUUUUAGAACUGACUGUGAUACACCUGGAGAAACUGUGACGCACAGGACAGAUUGUGCUUCGUCUGGCUGGAAACCACAGUUUCCACGAAGUCCCUGCACACAGAAGUUGUUGAUCUGCUGCUGCCUUUGUUGAUGCAGAUGUUUGGUGCUGAGUGAGACGACAGUGCACAGCUCCCUGUGCUGGAUGUCUGUGACAGAUCCAUGGGUCAGAAGGACCAUGUGGAGGCAGAAGAUGGCCGUAUCCUCCACCUGGGGCUGGAUUUGGAAUAUCUCCAUGUAGCCGGGGCUGACCGGCAGGUUAGCAUUAAGAAAUGUACUGGCGACACUGACGGACCCCCUGCUAUGGAGGAGCAGGGGGAAAACGCUAGCGACAACAUUCCUUCUCUACCAACUGUAGUGGAAGAAAACACUGGACCUGAGGCCAGUUGUGAGCAGCUACAGUCGUCCAGCUCCAUCCUCACUGCAGAUGGAGCAGAGGGAGUGUCCACUCACUGUAAAAAUUCCCACCAGCCUCUCCUUCGAACCCAGUGUGUGGACUUGGGCACAGAGGGGCCUCCUGAGCUUCCAGAUGAACUCUCAUCAGAGCCUCAGCACGGUUCUCCUUCUCACUCUCCACCUAUCUCUCCAUGUAAGAACCUACCUGUGCAUCCACCCAGCCCAUCCAAAGCAGAGGUGGGUGGGAAGGAGUACCAGGCAAAGUUAGAGUUUGCCCUGAAGCUGGGCUACUCAGAGGAGACAGUAAGACUGGUGCUGUCCAAGCUGGGCCCCGACACACUGAUUAACGACAUACUGGGAGAGUUGGUCAAACUAGGCACCAAGUCAGACAGUGAGCAGCCACUCGGGUCUUUGGCCUCUUCUUCCUCCUCCUCCUCUUCUUCUUCUUCUUCAUCCACAUGUGGUUGCACUGAUGCACUGGAUGGUCAAAGGUCAGAUUCACCCUAUCCUUCUGACGCUCUGUGUGACCAGGACAAUCUGCGGCCAGUGGUGGUGGACGGAAGCAAUGUCGCCAUGAGCCAUGGCAACAAGGAAGUGUUUUCCUGCCAGGGCAUCCAGUUAGCUGUGGACUGGUUUCUUGAACGUGGCCAUAACGACAUCACAGUGUUUGUGCCUGCGUGGAGGAAAGAACAAUCCAGGCCUGAUGCUCCAAUAACAGAUCAGGAGAUCCUGAGGCGUCUGGAGAAGGAAAAGAUCCUGGUGUUCACCCCGUCACGGCGAGUCCAAGGUCGUCGUGUGGUCUGUUAUGAUGAUCGCUUCAUUGUGAAGCUGGCCUAUGAGUCAGAUGGCAUCAUCGUCUCCAAUGACAACUACAGAGACCUGGCUAAUGAAAAGCCUGAGUGGAAGAAGUUUAUCGACGAGCGACUGCUCAUGUACUCAUAUGUCAACGACAAAUUUAUGCCUCCAGACGACCCUCUCGGCCGACAUGGCCCCAGCCUGGACAAUUUCCUGAGAAAAAGGCCUGUAAUGCCUGAGCAGAAGAAACAGCCGUGUCCCUACGGAAAAAAGUGCACUUAUGGCCACAAGUGUAAAUACUACCACCCAGAGAGAGGGGCUCAGCCCCAGCGGGCUGUUGCCGACGAGCUGCGAGCCAGUGCAAAGACCAACAACACCACCCCAAAGAACCAGGCAGACAGUGGUCUGGUGAAGAGCCACAGUGUGCCAGCAGGAAGCAUUGAGGCCAAAAAGGGUGCCCCGAAAAGACAGUCGGAUCCCAGCAUCCGAGCCAUGUCCUACGGAGAUGCUGAAGAGAAGCUCUUAGCUAAAGGGAGGAUGGAGAGUCAAAAGAGUGGUUUUUGCAGCGGGAGCAGCACUUCGAGCAUCAGCAGCAAUAACAGCGGGAGUACAACCAUGUCUUCUGCCCCCGGAGGCCCCCCUGCUGGACUCAACCUCUCCCAGGACCAGCAGUCUCGGGCAGGCACCCCACAUAGUCUUCUUUCAGCCCCCAGUCAUGACCUUUACCCUCAUUGUGAGUCCCCAGACCUGAGUUAUUACUCAGUGACACGUGCCUACUCUGGCCUGAGCCUUUCCUCCAGACGAAGCCCAGACUGCCGUUUCCCCAGCGAUGCAGACCUACGUCUAGGCUCCAUGGGCUCAGCAGGUUCAGAAUGUGGCAGUGAAAGCAGCACAAGUUGUGGCAGCAGCUGCGAUUCCUACAGUGAGAGGCCGUGUCCAGGCUGCCCCCCCGAGGCUUUACUAGAAGAUAACAUCCAUUUUGUUACUCCACACAGCCGACUGUACCCCCAUCAUGAACUUUGUUCUGUGCACCCCGCUGAUUAUUCAAACAUCCCACUCAGCCACACGGCUAAUCCCAGUGUUCACAAUUACCAUGCAGGUUUGACACGCAGACAGAGUUGUGCUCAUGAUCAGCCACCAUCUGAGCUCCCCCCAAAACGCCCUCUCUACCCGUUACCCCCUCAUCUCCAACACCCACCGCUGGUGGCUCGCUCUAGCUGCCCCGGUGACUACCACUCUGUGACCCACACCAACCCUCACCCCCCUGGCUCUCCCUUGGGCCGCUGCCUGGCUCCGACACGAGCAGAGAGUGUGUCAGACUCGCACCUGUAUGAACACCACUCGACCUCACACCAUCAACACCGUCCUAAAGCCCUCCCCAGCUGGGACACGUACUAUCGACAGGCUCCACUGACACCAUCUAGAUACGAUUAUCAGAGUCUGCCAGACACUCGCCAGUCAUCCUGGCAUCCUCCCCCCUGGACACAGGAGGGCUACGCUCACCACCACUCCUCCCACCACCCGUCCCCCACACAUUACCUUAACCAUCCACCUCCUCCUCCAGCUCACUCUUCUCAUCCAUCUAGCAGCCCUCUUCCCACUUUCUCAUCUGAAAAUACCCACCUCGUAAUGCCCUCCCAUGCCCCCCCACCCUAUGUAAUGCAGCAUUCUGACUCCCCUGCACACAGUUGCUAUAGCGACGCCAGGGAGAAAGUGUACGUUAACCUGUGUAACAUUUUCCCCUCAGAGUUGGUGAGCAGAGUGAUGUCCAGAAGCCCCCACAUUACUGACCCUCAGCAGCUGGCAGCUGCCAUCUUGGCAGAGAAGGCCCAUGUAGGCUACUGAAGAAAGAAUGAAGGAUCAAAAAACAAAAUUUACCAUUGCAUCUAUCAUCUUUUUUAGGAAGGAAGAAACAGAUUGACCACUUCUGUGUGCAGUUGUGAAAAACCACCAACUUCCUCUGGUGGUAAUCAGCACUUCUCAUGUGUCCAAAUCUCAUUCAAAGCCUAUCCUCGAAGAAAUUUUAACAUUUUGUAAUUUAGGACGCAUAGAGAGAGGAAAUGAAAGUUGAGGUUGAGAGUUCUCACAUGAGUCAAACAUGACAAAUAGAUAUGAAUUAUUGGGAAAUUGCUGAACACUAGUGUUUGUGUGCUGUACCUUUCAGACCCAAAUCAGGCUUUGCUUGAACUCCAACACAUCACCACUAACUAAUAUCCUUCUUGACACCCCUGCCAUCUUCCUCUCUGCCCCACUUCCUUUCUGCUUUUUUACUUCUUACUGGUUUGAUUAGCGAGCAUAACUUUUAAGUUUUUCUUGUGUACAUUUCCAUCCAAUUUGGAGGACAGUAGGCAUUAUAGCACAGAAGACAACAAGUGCAUUGUGUGUUUAAUGCGUGUAUGUCAGUAAGUUUCCAGCUUAUUAUGGUUAAAGUUUGUGAUUUUUUUAAUUAUUAUUUUUUUGCAGCCAGUUCCUGACCAGAUUAAAUGUCAUGUUUUAAUGUUUCAAACGGCUGUUUAACCCAGGCCUCUAUAUAUUAUUUAUGCGGGUGUAUGGGUUGUUGUGUGGCUGCUGUGUGUGUUUUUCCCAUCAACGAUGGUUGUCUUAUUGGAGAUUACAUCAAUAUUUUUGGUCAGAGUUGUAGCUGCAGAGAUGGGUGACCCUGUCGUGUGUACCUUAGUUUUAGUAAGGGACAUCUCUCUCUCUCUUUCUAUCUUUCUUUCUCUCUCUCUCU